ACUAGAGGCAGCAGCCAGCCAGCCCAGCCCUUCUCUGGUGCCUGCUGCUGUGGUCCUCUCCCAGAGAGUGGGGGGCCUUCCUCCAUCUGCGCCAUGAGGAAAAGAGCAGUGGAGGACCAUGGAAAGGGAUCCAGAGAAAGAAGGAAACACCAAGUCCCAGGGGCAUGAGCUGGAAGGGAGGGCUGCUCCUCCCAGGGGAGGCUGGCGACGGAGAGCUGCCACCAAGAGUGGAAAAGGAGGGAGCUGGGCAAGACCCAGCAUUGUUAGUAACCAGCUCUGUGGCCUUGAGUUGACCUCACUGAUUCUCAGUCUCCUCACUUGGAAAAGGGCAAAGCAGCCACGUGCAGGCCGUGGUGGGCACCCGGGCUGUCUGCAGAUAGCUUGGCUCAUUGCUGGUCCUGAGUACACAGCCCUCAUAGCCAAGCAGCCUGAGCCUACACUCCGGGCCCAGGGGAGUGACUGUCGCUGACAUCCCUUAGAAUAACACGCUCCAGGAGUCAAAGAUUCCUUAGUUGGAAAGGUCUAGAAAGAGACUCCCGCUCUGCUCUGCUCCCUCCUGCACCAGCGCUGUGCCCUCCGCCGGCCAGGCAGGGCCGUUCGAUGCCGCUGGCCCGCUCACUGAGGAUCUGUUGGCUUCAGCGAGUGGAAGGACCUGCUCGGCUGGAACUUUUUUUUUCCCCUCCCAGACGACGUCCGAUGGGUGUGUCGCGCAGGAGGUGAUAUUUGACGGGCUGCGCGCGGGCGAGCUGCCGGGAGUGCCCAGCAGGGGCUGACAGCAUGGCCUCGCCCGACCCGCCGGUCACCAGCUACGCCCCGUCCGAUGUGCCCUCGGGGAUCGCGCUGCUCCUCACCAUCCCUUUCGCCUUCUUCCUGCCGGAGCUGAUAUUUGGGUUCUUGGUCUGGACCCUGGUAGCUGCCACCCACGUAGUAUUCCCAUUGCUGCAAGGAUGGGUGAUGUAUGUCUCACUCACCUCGUUUCUCAUCUCCUUGAUGUUCCUGUUGUCUUACUUGUUUGGAUUUUACAAAAGAUUUGAAUCCUGGAGAGUUCUGGACAGCCUGUACCAUGGGACCACUGGCAUCCUGUACAUGAGUGCUGCCGUCCUACAAGUACAUGCCACGAUUGUUUCUGAGAGCGUGGACCCGAGAAUUUACUACAUUAACACAGCAGCCUCGUUCUUCGCCUUCAUCACCACACUGCUCUACAUCCUCCAUGCCUUCAGCAUCUAUUACCACUGAUGCACAGGCGCCAGGCCAAGGGGGAAAUGCUCCUUGAGAGCCGCAAUUAUUGGUCCCCAAAAGCAGCUGCCAACGUUUGCCAUCUGGAUGAUAAACAGAAGAUCCACUAAAACGUCCACAGGAUUAACAGAGCGUCCUUGCAGACUGAGUGAUGACACCACACUUUGUUUGGACAUUUAAAUUCACUCUGCUGAAUAGGACGACGCUUUUCUUUCUCCUGGGAAAACAACUGUCUCUUGGAAUUAUCUGACCAUGAACUUGCUCUUCUAGACAACUCACAUCAAAGCCCUCACUCCACUGGUGGAGAAUCCCAGUUCCACUAAUGUCAAGCCUGUUUGGGUUUCCGUAGAGUAGGUCCAGGGGAAUACUCAGUCUGAUUCUGAUGAUUCUCUCUCUCUUUUUUUUUUUUUUGACGGAGUCUCGCUCUGUCACCCAGGCUGGAGUGCAGUGGCGCGAUCUCCACUCACUGCAAGUCCCGCCUCCCGGGUUCACGGCAUUCUCUGGCCUCAGCCUCCCGAGUAGCUGGGACUAGAGGCACCCGCCACCACGCCCAGCUAAUUUUGUUGUAUUUUUAGUAGAGACGGGGUUUCACUGUAUUAGCCAGGAUGGUCUCAAUCUCCUGACCUCGUGAUUCACCCACCUCAGCCUCCAAAGGGCUGGGAUUACAGGCUUGAGCCACCACGCCCCAUCUGAUUCUCUUAAAAUUGAAGAGGUGCUGCCAAGGUCUUCAGAUCUAAGGCGUAGACCUUGUUCCUGGUCCCUUGUUGAGCCUGCGCUAGGGAGCUGUGGUCCCGAGUUCCCCGGGAGGCUGACAGGGUCAAGCCACCCUGCCCACCAGCCUCCCACUUCCCCUCCCCUUUCCUCUCCAGCAUUGGGAUCCAAGGAAAAUCUGCAUGAAGCCAAUUUUGAGGAAGAUUUGUGGGGAAAAUAAAUCAUUAUAUAGUUAGAGCUGGGUAUUGAGGGGUGGGGAGUGGGGAGGGAAGGGCAUAGCCUGCUCCUCCAUGAGUCUGACAUCUCAGAAACUGCGCAGCUGCCGGGUGCCUGGGUCAGGAUUCCAGGACUCCACCUCUUAAGGACUAGACAGUGCCUGGUUCCUCAGAAAAGACCCCCAGGGAAGAAGGCAAAAACAUUACAUCCAUGCAUUCUUCUGCCACAGCCACAUUGGAAGAAAAGGCUGCCGCAUCAUCUCAGCGAGGAGUGAAGGACUCGUGUCCCAGGGACCGUGCUCCUCCACCUGCACUCACCCCCCUCACAUUCUCUUAAGCACCCGGUGGCCCUCUGAGGCCUGGCGGAAUGGUGGUGCCCACGGGGUUGGGCCAGGGCUCACCAGGACCUAGAUGGGCAAAGUUGUGCACACUGAAAUAUCAAAUCAAGGUGCUUGGUUUUAAAGUAAAUAUGUUUCCAAAGAAAGCUGUGCUCUUCUGCUGACCCAGACGAGUGGGGCACAGCCCUGUAACUGCACAUGCCUUCUGUCAUUGGGUAUGAAAUAAAUUAUUAUGAGAAAGGGACUUGUCCUAACUGGUUUGAGACCUUACAGUUUUGUAUCAACCUGUUUCCCCUCCUGGGGUUUGCAGGGGCAGGGACAGAACUACAGGAGUCAUGGCAAAGAAAAUUCUGGCUUCACUACUGCUUGCUGCUCACUUUCUGAUCACUUUGAUACUUUUUUUUUUUUGCAACCUGAUACCUUGAAAAGCCUCCAUGUGUCUCUCUUUUUGUUACCUGGCAGCUGUCUAGGAUGAUCACUGUUUAAUAUUUACUAAGUAGCCACAUGCAAAUAAAAGUUGUUUGUAUGGUAAAAAGGA